AUGGCCUCAAGGAUGCUGUAUAAAACGGAAGUCGCUGGCUAUCCCGGCAACAGACGACCGCGAAUCCUGCGCCGGGGAGGUGGAGCCCCGCCGAGCUUCCUUGCGACCCAGAUCUGCAGCGCUUCCUACUCGCCAGGGCGGAGGCCGUCCUCUGCAGCGCAUACCCUCCUGACGGCGAAGGGCAGGAGGCUGGCUCCGGUGGAAGGGCUCUUCACGGCGAAGGCAAAUAUCCUGCAAGAAAGGCUUCAGGAUAUUGACAAUCUGAAUGAGCAUGCAUGUCUUUGCUCAAUUGUUAUGCAGCAUUCCUUGGAAGCGAGACAGCAUGGUGCACAGGAGACUCUUAUCUGGAACACCGAGGACGGUUUACCAAAGCGACCUACAGAGCAGGUCAGUCAGCCAGAGCAGAGAAGCCCCUGGAAGUCACGUCUUUUCCUCUCCUUCAGGAUGGUGAAGAAGGCGUGUCCGGCGCACCCGCAGCGCCUCGCGAACUUCUCCCUGAAGAAGGAAGUGGUGGACACCCUCCAGUCGCAGACGAACGAGGAAGGCGUGUGCUCGGGCCGCGUGUGUGGCGGCUCCCUCAUGAACAUCAGGCGGAUGAGUCUGGCGCCGCGCCCGCCCGCCCUCGUCGCCCACGCCAAGACCUUCCUCGACCAGUACUACAGGGACAUCCAAGGGUACGACAGCGCGGAACACAAAGGCCGCUGGCAAGAGGUUUCGCGCAGUGUUGCCAAGCGCGGCACGUACGACCUGACCUUCGACGAGCUGGUCUUCGGCGCCAAGCUCGCCUGGAGGAACGCCCCGCGGUGCGUCGGCCGCAUGCAGUGGAAGAGGCUGCAGGUGUUCGAUGCUCGGCACAUCACGACGGCCCAGGAAAUGUUUGAGGCGAUCUGCAAGCACCUCGAAUACGCGACCGACGGAGGCAAUCUCAGGUCGACGCUGACGGUGUUCCCGCAGCGCCAGUCCGGCCGCCGCGACUUCCGCGUGUGGAACCCGCAGCUGAUCGCCUACGCCGGCUACCGCGCCGACGACGGGAGCGUGACCGGCGACCCCGCGUGGGCCGAGUUCACGCAGGUGUGCCAGGAGCUGGGCUGGCAGGGCGGAGGCGGGCGGUUCGACGUGCUCCCUGGUCGUGUGUCGACGCCCACCGAGGAGCCCCAGUGGUUCGACAUCCCCGACGACCUCGUUCUGCGGGUCGCCCUGGAACACCCGAAGUACGACUGGUUCGGGGCGCUCGGGCUGGAAUGGUUCGCGCUGCCUGCCGUGUCGGGCAUGAUGCUGGACUGCGGCGGCGUCGAGUUCACCGCCGCGCCCUUCAACGGCUGGUACCUGUCGUCCGAGAUCGCCAGCAGGGACCUCUGCGACGCCCAGCGCUACAACAUCAUCAAGGAGGUGGGAGACAAACUCGGGCUGGACACUCGCACGCCCGUCACGCUGUGGAAGGACCAGGCUGCGCUCGAGGUCAACAUUGCGGUGCUGCAUUCGUACCAGCAAGCGAAGGUGACGCUGGUCGACCACCACACCGUGUCCGAGUCCUUCAUGCAGUUCUUCGCCAACGAGCACCGGGAGCGAGGCGGGUGCCCUGCCGACUGGGUGUGGAUCGUGCCGCCCAUCUCGGGCUCCCUCACGCCCGUCUUCCACCAGGAGAUGUCCCUGUACUACCUGAAGCCCGCCUACGAGUACCAGGAGCUGGCCUGGGUGGCCUUCCACAAACAGAACCGGAUGCUGAGCGGCGAAGACGGCGAGCCCGGAGGGGGCAGGCAGCGGCUGACCUUCAGGAUGGUCGCCUUGGCAGUGUGGUUCAGCAGCGUCCUGUACACGCGGGCGCUGAGCAGGAGGGUCCGCGCGACCAUCCUCUACGCCACGGAAACAGGGAAGUCUCAGGCGUUCGCGCACGAACUCGCUGACGUGUUCAGGAAGAACUUCAGUGUUCAGGUCCGCAACAUGAAGGAGUACGAGGCGAGCGCCCUCAAGGACGAGCGCUUCCUGCUGGUGGUGGCCCCGACGGCGGGCAAUGGCGACCCUCCUCUGCAGGCUCAGGAUUUCGUGAAGGACCUGUACGAAGACAUGAUGCCAGACGCGGAGCAGCAGAAAGUUUCUGAUCCUGUGACACCUGAGCGACGAGAUCGAUGGUGCCAGAUGACCCAAGUGGCACACCGGUUCUCUCGGUACAUCGUGGCACCAAAGGAUCUUGACGACCCGAAGGAGCAGCAGCAGAAGCAGACCUCGCGGGUGGUAGAGAAGCGGCAGCAAGAGCGGAAGCGGGGAGUCCUCAGCAGCUGGAUCAGCCGCCUCACGCUCAGGAAAUCCUCGUACGACCUUGUAGGACACUCCAACGGCCAUGUGACGGAUGGGAGAGAUAGAACCAUCUACUUCGCCGUGUUCGCCCUGGGCGCCAGCAACUACAAGUACUUCUGCGCCUUCGGGAGGUACAUGGACCACCUCCUGGCGCAGGUGGGCGGGACGCGGGUCCUGGGCGUGUCGUGCGGCGACGACCUCGACGACCAGAGGAAGGCCUUCGCCAGGUGGUCUUCCUUCGCAGCGAGUGAGGUGUUCCAGGUGGACGGUGACCCCGUGCAGGUGGAGGAAGAGGUCACGAGGCCAGACCAGGUCAAGUUGUCUCCAGCAGUGCAGGCUGACUCCCUCGUAGAAGGCCUAACGCGAGCUCACAAGAGGGAAGUGUACCAGUGUGUUGUGGUGGAGAUGAAGACGCUGUACGAAAGGCCGCUGAGGUGGGUUGGCCAGAUGGUCCUGAAGCCGACGCAGGGGCGCGCGCAGUACGACCCCGGCGACCACGUGGGCGUCCUGGCGUCCAAUCCGCGCGAGAUGGUCACGUCGGUCCUACGGCGCGUGCGCAACAGCCCCGCCGCCGACGCGCCCGUGCGCCUCCUUCUGCGCCGGCAGACCGGUACGUGGGUUCCUCACCCGCAGCUGCCGGCGACGACGCUGCAGGAGCUUCUGGCGAGGUACGUGGACCUCUCCGCGCCGCCGUCGCAGGGCCUGCUGUUCCUGCUCGCCUCCUGCGCCGCCAACAACCAGCAGGCAGCCCGGCUCUCGGCGCUGGCCACGGACACGCAGCAAUACCAGAAGUGGCGCGCUGCCCACUGCCCGAGCCUUCCAGACGUCCUGGCAGAGUUCCCGAGCAUCUCCGUGGACGCCGCCCUCCUGCUGGCCCGUCUGCCGCCCCUGCGCCCGCGCCUCUACUCCAUCAGCUCCGACCGCAGCGUCCACGGCGACCGCGUCCACCUCACUGUCGGCAGCAUUGAGUUCAGGGCGGAAGGCGGCGAAGGACCUGUCCAUCUGGGCCUCACUUCCGGCUUCUUGAAGGGACUCAAGGCCGGAGACACGCUGGAGGUGUUUACCAACAAGGCGCCGAACUUCAGCCUGCCGGAGGACCCGAGUCUGCCCAUCCUCCUGGUGGCCACCGGCGUCGGCGUCGCCCCCUUCAGGAGCUACUGGCACCACCUCAACCACAGACUCAAGACGACCGGCGAGCGGCGGAAGGUGACGCUGUACUUCGGCUGCAGGAGCCACAAGGAGGACCUGUACUACGAGGAGAAGGCGUCCAUGCUGCGGUCGGGCGCGCUCACGCACACGCACUCGCGCUGUCCAGGGAGCCGCGUUCCCCAAGGUGGGCGUGAGGCGGGGAGCGAGGGCGCCGCUCGGCUCACGUACGUGCAAGACCUCUUAUUAGUGGACGGACGUGAAGUAUACAGACAGUUGGUGGUGGAAGGCGGCUACAUCUACAUGUGCGGAAAUGACGUGGUGUCCGAGGGAGUCCACAAGGCGCUCAGGGCGAUCUUGCAGGACCACGGCAACCUGACGGAGGCCGAGGCGGAAGACCUCAUGGCCAGACUCAAGGAGGAGAGGCGAUACAGAGAAGAAUAUUGUUCCACUCUAAGACGAGAUAUCAUCAGGAUCUUGUCAUCACUGCCCGGAAACCGCCCUUAUGACCGGGGGCGGCAAGGGCGAUCAGCGCCAAGAGCAAAGGCUCAUCGCGCGCCCAUCGAGCUCAGCAGCGACUGA